UAUUCAAAUUUCUGUGAAAUCUGUCAGUUGCUGCUGCCCUCCUAAUGUUUCAUUUUUUAAAAUCGAAUUUUCGGUGGAAUCUGUCAGUUGGUCAGUCGCUGCGGCCCGCCUCAGCAGUGCUGACCAUGACACAGGAAGUCUAUGGUGCCGGGGCAGACUAGUCCCUAUCAAGAUGUUGUCAAAAAAGAGGAAAGUCGACACUGAAGGUCGCAUCUUUCAGGAGACGUGGAAAGAAAAGUAUUUCUUUUGGGAAGUAGGGGGCAAACCCGUGUGUCUUAUUUGUUCUCAACAAGUUGCUGUAGCAAAGGAGUACAAUAUCAAACGCCACUACGAGACCCACGCCGAGAAGUACUCCGAGUACACGGGGCAACUUCGGACUAAAAAGCUAAACGAGCUAGCAUCAUCGCUACAGAAACAACAAGCCGUGUUCUCCAAAUGUCGAGAUACACACGAAGGGGCAGUGAAGGCAAGCUACAUCAUCGCUUGGGAAAUUGCUAAGGCAUCCAAGCCUUUCUCAGAGGGUGCAUUCGUCAAAACCUGCAUGCUAAAGGCAGCCGAGCUAGUGUGUCCUGACAAGCGACAAGCUUUAGCCAACAUAAGCUUGUCCAGGCCGACAAUGACGGAGAGAACUGAAGAACUUUCUGGUGAUUUAAAGAGUCAACUAAAAGACAAGGCUAAGUCCUUCAUCGCAUUCUCUGUUGCUCUCGACGAGAGCACUGACGUGACUGAUGUAGCUCAGUUAGCGAUAUUUAUUCGCAGUGUGGACGCUUCCCUGAAUGUCACUGAGGAGUUUGUGUCAGUUGUGCCAAUGACAGACACCACCACAGCUAACGACGUAUUUGUUAGCCUUGUCGGGGCCCUGGACAAACUGGAGGUGAACUGGAGUAGCGCUGUCAGUGUGGCUACCGACGGCACACCUUCUAUGAUCGGAAGAAAGGCAGGAGUGGUUGCGAAGUUGAGAGAAAAGGUAACUGCGGCUAGUCAAGAGCAAGUAUUUUGGAACUUUCACUGUAUACUGCACCAAGAGGCGUUGUGCUGCAAGAGUCUGAAAAUGAACCAUGUCAUGCGUGUUGUUAUUGACACUGUGAAUUUUAUUCGAGCCAGAAGACUUAACCAUAGGCAAUUUGACGUGUUUUUAUUAGAACACGACAUUCAUCAUGGUCUUCCCUAUCACACCGAUGUGCGUUGGUUGAGCCGAGGCGCAGUGCUGAAACAGUUCUACAAAUUACACCCAGAGAUAACCGAGUUCAUGCAGGGUAAAGGGAAGCCUGUGCUGGAAGUGGACGACUCAGAAUGGACCAGGGAUCUUGCCUUUUUAGUGGACAUUACCGAACAUCUAAAUGUGUUGAAUGUUACUAUGCAGGGCCGCAACAAACUCGUCACAGAGUAUUAUGAUAGUGCUCGUGCUUUUCAAAGUAAACUGGCGUUGUGGGAGACGCAGCUCCGCCAGCGCAACGCCGCUCACUUGCCUUGUCUUAAAUCUCAACCUGUCAAUCAUCGGAGUAUGGACAAGUAUGCAAACUUGCUUUCCGGACUCGGGCAUGAGUUUGACACUCGAUUCAUGGUUUUUACUGAACUGGAAAAGGACUUUGCGCUGUUUCGCUCUCCAUUCACAGUUGACGCUUCCGAGGUCCCAGAGGCGAUCCAGAUGGAACUGAUAGAACUGCAGUGUUCGGCGCUGUUGAAGGAAAACUAUGCAUCUGUUGCGAUCGAAUCAUUCUAUCAAUCCUUGCCACCAGAGUACCCAAUGCUCACGGCCUUUGCAGAGAUAGCCGAGUUCAUGCAGGGUAAAGGGAAGCCUGUGCUGGAAGUGGACGACUCAGAAUGGACCAGGGAUCUUGCCUUUUUAGUGGACAUAACCGAACAUCUAAAUGUUUUGAAUGUUACUUUGCAGGGCUGCAACAAACUCAUCACAGAGUAUUAUGAUAGUGCUCGUGCUUUUCAAAGUAAACUGGUGUUGUGGGAGACGCAGCUCCUGCCAGAGCAACGCCGCUCACCUCCCCUGUCUUAA